UCUCAGUCUCUUUGACCAGCUGCCUGACGAAGGCGGGCAUCUCCACGCUUCCCUUCUUGGACGUCCUCAUGCUUUAGAUGCGUUCUUUCCAAGCCUCCCGGUCACGUGCUGCUUCUCGGUGCAUGGCCGCCUCAUCUGACGGACCUUCUCCUCGCUCUCUCCUCCACCCAUCCUCGCUCUCUUCUGCUGCGAUUUCACCUUUUCUUCCGUUUUUUCUCGCUGCCUUGUUGUGUUUGCGAUGCUUAUUCUGCCAUUGGCGGGCUAUUUAUGUGCACCAAUCCCCAUGCAUGCUCCUCUCGCUGUCACCAUCAUCUUGGAGCUCGUCCUCUCUCCGCAUCAUCCUGUGAGAAACCGCCGACCAGGGUUGCCAGAUCGCAACGACGUUCAGGAUAAAAAGCAGCCCAAAUGACCUCCUUUUCAAGAUAAGAACAACUCUGUAAUUUGACUGAAUAAAUUAACAGUUUGAGACACAUUGUAGGGAAUCGUUGCGGUUUCACCGAUAAGCAUCAUGGGAAAUGUAGUUCUUCUUGGAAAAUGUUAAAACUACGUGCAUAUGUAUUCAACAUUUAAUGCCUAAAAAUAUAUGUUAGUAAUCCAUGAUAGUACUGCUUGUUUUCUGUUGGUAAUCUUUCGGGGAAAAAAAACAUGCCGAGUAAACACUGCUGCUAUGGAACUGACUCCACACAUUAAAGUGAUCCUCAACCUUAAAUACAUGUAGGCUCUAAUAAACCACAAUUGUUCUCUUGUACUAAAAUAUGUCGUUAGAAACACAUAAAAUGUUAAAUCAAUGGCAAUAUUUUAUAAUAUUUACUACAUAUUUUGACCGUUAGUUGGUGCCAUGGUUUGCGGCCUCGCAGUGAUGACGUCACUGGAAUCUAUCCAGAUGUGUAGCGUGUUCAACAAUUGCUUAUUGCUGCCUAAACUCGCGAAGAAAAAUGCCACGAUGUGCUGCUUUUGGAUGCAAUUUCCAGUCAAAUGGAAACAAGAGGAGUGAAGUGAGUGGUCAAGGUGGAAUUAUUAUUUUUAAUGAAUAAAUGUGCAAAAGUGGAAGCUUCUCCCCCUUUCUGGUCCCUGUAUGCAGGGCCGGCCCAACCUAUACGCAGACUAUGCAGCUGCUUAGGGCCCCUGACCACUAGGGGGCCCCCAAUCUGGCAAUUGUUUAAUUUAUAUUCUAUUUUGUUUACUACAGUUUGCUUUAUUUGACUUUAAUGCGUUUUGAUACUUGAUUACAAGCUUAAAAAAAUAAAAGUUCCUUCUUAACUUCUUUCUUUCCUCUUUUAGAAAAAGGUUUGGCGCUGUCUACUGUAAGUACUGACAAUCAUUUGGGGUGAGAAGUUUGAAGUAUGCAGUGCAACAAAAUCUGAUUAAUAUACAAAAUAUGGACGUAUGGGUUGGAUUGCAUGUACGGAUUUCACAGUACACUGUGACGAAAUGGUGGGCCAAAAAUAUGGGCCCCUUGGCAUUAUUUUGCUUAGGGCCCCCAAAUGGCCCUGCCUGUAUGCACGUAUCCUACCCACCACGCGUUACAACUGGCGCCCGAAUAUUUUUCCUGGAUCCUCAGUCAAGAAAGGGAUCCGUCUAUUUUCUGGAUCCGACAGUCUCACCGUGUCUGCAAUAUUAGUUUUGGAUCUGUCUAUUUUUUUUAUUCGUCAGUCCCACAGCGGCUUUUCGGAUCAGUCUAUUUUGUGGAAUGGACGGCCUGAUCGCGGCUGCGACAUUGCCAUGGGAUCGGUCUAAUUCCUGGAUCUUUCAGUGAGUAAAAAACGCGGAUUUGGAUUACUAUUGCUAUCUUUUUGUUGACUAUUCUUCGUGACGGUUUUCCCCAAAUCAUACCAAGUAAUCAAAGCAAUAUGGCAUGCUAUAGUGACGACAGUGACUCUGACGUGGACCUUACAACAAUGUUGGAGUUCGUCAGGGAAAGUAUGUCUGCGUACUGCUGAGCUCCCGUGUGAAGAGUGGUCAAGGUGGAAAUAUUAUUUUUUGUUAAUAAAAUUUGCAUAGGUGGAAGCUUCUCCCCUUUUUGGUACUUUUAUACACGUAUCCUAGCUACCACGCGUUACAAUGUACAAGACAUGGAUUACACAAGGUGUGCUCUUUGGCCUGUACUGUAUGUAAAGCACACAACAGCUCUGGAUGCUAACAAUCUACAUAAUUAUAUUGGAAUAAGUUUGAAAACGCAAUAUGCUUACCUUGAAUAUCUGCUAAUAAAACCGGAGUUCCCAACAGCAUACACUAUCGCUCCCAACUGGAGUUCCCAACAGUUAUCAUUGAGACUUUUGCCCAACGUUUGUCUUAUCAGGUAUUUGCUGCACGCAUUUUUCCCUGAAGCUCGUCUUGUGAACGACCGACAGUGCUGUCCUGCUCUUCACUUUUCAGAUGUGGUUCAAAUAGGAAGGGUAGAACUGACCACAUGUUGGGAAAGCUAACGAGUGACACGCUGGAAUUUCGGCAACGGGACCGGUGACGUCACGCACUGCGACGUAACAAGAAUGGCGACCUAUCACUUAAAAUAAUUUUACAAACUUUAUUAAAACAAAAACAUUGAGGGGUUUUAAUAUCAAAUUAUUAUAACUCAUACUAACAUUUAUCUUUUAAGAAUUACUUGUCUUAAAACUAGAGGAUCCCUUUAAGAAUUGAAAAUGAUAUGAACAAACAUUUUUUUCCUGCUGAAAGAAGAGAGUCUAAUCUUUCUUUUGGUAGGUUCCAUGUUUAUAUAGCAACAGAACAGAAUUUUCUGUGGGCCUUGCAAAAUUAGUCAAAAUCCAGUAAAACAGCCGGGAGCGAAGGGGGUUGCACUGGUGAAAAUGGCUGGGAGUGAAUGAACUACAAGUCUUUCUAUCCGUGGAUCCCUUUGAAAAAGCACAAAUUUGAUCAAGCGUUAGAAAAUAGCCCAAUUGGGCGGAAACCCAUCCAAACUGGCAACACUGCCGCAGACCCGCCCACUUCGCUCUGAACCCGCCUCUGAUCAUACUGGAUUAUAGGCUCACAGUGAUGGAUUAUGGGACGAGCGGCCAUUUAGAUAACUGUAUGCUUGAGUGAUGGCGGGGAGGACAAACACAAAGACAGUGCCUGGUGGGACGGGUUAUAAAAACAGCUGCACGAGAGCUGGCGGCCUUACAAACAUCUUUGAAACGGAGUGAGGACAGAUGCAAGUGGUCUGUCAACUGGCACGGGAGGGCGCGCCAGUGUCUGCAAACUGAGGGAUGAGUACACUCUGAUGUCUCAAGUUGCCAAUUUGUGCAUGCAUGUGUGCGUGCCUGCCAAUCCAAAGUGAGGCUAUCCAAUACGGGAUAUAAUUAGGCCAGGCCGUCCUUAUUUUGCUGACAGCGCGGGGCAGGCCAAAAAAAGCCUGCGGCACUGCAAAGCCAACGUAAAGGGAGCGAGGAGAACCAGCAGGACCUCCGCCGAAAUGGCCGGCAAACUCAUGGAGCUGGUCUACUGGAGGAGCAUGAGCAGGACCGGUUUGGUGUUCACCGGCUCAGUAGUGUGCCUGGCCAGUCUGUUCCAACUGAGUGCCAUCACUGUGCUCUCUCACAUUUGUUUGGGGGUCAUGUGCCUCACCUUUCCCAUGCGCUUCUACUACAAACUUUUGGAGCUGCUACGCUGCAACCCCGGCUUGCAUCCUUUCCAGUCAUAUUUGGACUAUGACAGUUCACUGACAGACAAAGAAAUGGUGAUGCUUGUGGAGGAGGCGGUACUGCUGAUGGCAUUUGCCGUCACUGAGCUCAAACGUCUUCUAUUCAUUGAAAACAUAUUGGACUCGCUCAAGUUUGUUUUGCUGCUCUACAUGCUGACGUACGUCGGCGUCCUCACUACUGGAUUGACUCUGAUCAUAACAGCUGCCAUUGUUCUAUUUUCCUUUCCUUUGUUCUACAAAAAACAGCAGGUGAGAAUAAGAAGGGUGGUCAGAGCAUACAAAGCUUUUGAGAAGAAAAUCACAACCUGGUGUCUGGGGGUACGCGAUGCCGUCAGAGCAUCUCGAGCGCAAGCCGCCGCCGCUGCUGCCGGGCCGUCCUCUAAGCAGAAAGCGAAGGCAAAGUAAGAUGUCAGAUCAAAAUGUCCUCAGAGAGUCCACCGUGACGUCGUUUUUUGAAGCAGCAUCUUCUGUAAUCGAUGCUGACAGCUGAAACAAAGCUGCUAUUCAUUAGCGGGAGAUGUGUGAGGAGAGAGGAAUUUGAUUCUGUGAGAUACUUUGUGUGGGCAAAACGCUUCACACGUUCACUUUAGUCAGGGAUGGCACGAAUACAGAAUCGCCGUUUUUUUGUUGUUGUUGGGUUUUUGAAGUGGCAACAAGUCUAUUUUAACACAAGCACCAUGUUCCUGUUAAAACACAAAAUGGAUGUCGUUGGAAUAAAACUGCAUUGAGCCUUACCUGUCAAUCAUAUUUUAGAUAAUGGACUUUUUGUCUGUUUUUGAAUCGUCUUAUUUUUGAAUUUUAGUUUGUAUUAAAUAAAAACUGAUGUUUUUUGCAUUCUUGUCCGUUUUAAUUUUGUGCAUAAUAUACGGCGCACUGCACUGUACUCCAACUACCAUGUCUUAUCUUUGAAUCUCCAUUCGUAUUUUUGGAAGAUUUCAAUCUUUGUUUCAGGCAAUUUCUCAACACUUGGACAUCUGUUGAUUUUUAUUUCACUGCAGCUGUGAACCCAAACGUGGCGAAAUUGAAACGCACACUAUUUUGCAGAUAAGCAAAAAAAAAAUAAAAAAAAAAUUAUUAUUUCCUCCACCAAGACAUUUAUAAAGCAGCAAAUUGGGAAACCGCAUUGAUAUUAUUCCUUUUUUGUUUUUGUUUUUUUGGGCUAUUUGUCCUUUUUUACUUAAAUUUAAAAAAAAGAAAAAAAAAAGGCUGUAAUAAUCACUAUAGGUAAUAUUUUAUUCUGUCUUACUUUUACUGUUUUCAGUAUUUAUUUUGAUGAUGUAAGUGAUGACGGAAAUAAAAACGGAAAUGGAUUGAAGGCACCUGUUAUUGUAGUUCUUCAUGCAACCGCUAGAUGCAGCUGUUGGAGAGUGUCCAGUUUGCAUCAAAGGCAGAUGAGACUUUGACCUGAAAGUUGCAACGACAGCAAAAUGUCAAAAACUACAAAACUACACGUGUAGUCGAGUCAUAUAUGUAACCGGCGUUGCAUGGAGUUACAUAUAUCCACAAACAGGCAGAGGAAAGAUCAACUUGGUUGUUUAUUUCACAUUUUCCGGUGGGUAUACACUCCAAAAAACCAACUAUUUGUAGACAAUUCAAACCUACAUUCACCAUAAACAUUACAAUAUGUUUUGUGAAUUGCGAUAAAUAUCGCCCAGUACUAUUUUGCAGUACUCUUCAAGUACUUUUCUAAAUACAGUAUAUAUAAAAAAAAAUAAAUAAAAAAAAAACAAUGUAAAUAGUUGCCCUGAUAUGUG